AUGCCUCACUCCACCACCUCCGGCUCUACGAUACAAACCUCUUCGGUCAAUCGAUCGCAGUACUCACCAAGAUCGCACAGCGACACCGACAACCUCUCUGCCAACGGCGGCAUGGAGAAGUUUCCCGACCACAUCGACUCCUACCUCACCAACGGCUCAAGGGCCACGAGCCCUGCAAAGACGAACGGCUAUGCGCUCCCAGGCGCGACCACCAGUGGCGACCGCUGGCAGCCUCGAAAGGAAAGUCUUCAGGGUCGUGGGGUAAGAUGGGGAGGAGCAGCAGGCCAGUUGCCGGCAACACGGCACGGCCACGGCAGGCAGAAGAGUCUGGGCGAUGCCAUUCACAACAUCCGGACGAGAGGUGGAAGCGUUGGCCAGAACGCUCAUGAAAUAGCCGAUGCGCUGCGAGCUCCUGUCUCUCCCAAACUGAUUGCGCUCUGUGUUCUGUGGUACACCUCGUCUGCCCUGACCAACACUUCCUCGAAAUCCAUCCUGACGGCGUUUGACAAACCCGCGACCCUCACCCUCAUCCAAUUCGCUUUCGUAGCGACUUACUGUAUUCUAUUCGCCUGGCUCGCCAACAUCUUCCCAAGCCUCAGGACUACGAUACCAGCCCUCAAGCAUGGUAUCCGCUACCCGUCCCGCGACGUCAUCACGACCACUUUGCCUCUUGCCGCAUUCCAGAUCUUCGGCCAUUUGUUAAGCUCGACAGCGACGUCAAAGAUACCCGUCUCGCUCGUCCACACAAUCAAGGGCCUCUCUCCCCUGUUCACGGUUCUGGCCUACAGGCUGGUGUUUAACAUUCGGUAUUCGAUCAACACCUAUUUGUCACUGGUCCCCUUGACUCUCGGGGUUAUGCUAGCUUGCUCCGGCAAGCACAACAAGUACAGCGGCGAGCUUUUGGGCAUUCUGUACGCUCUCCUAGCCACCAUCAUCUUCGUGACGCAGAACAUCUUCUCUAAACGUCUCUUCAACGAAGCCGCCAAGGCCGAAGCCGAAGGCCAAUCCGCGAGGUCACAAAAGCUCGACAAGCUGAACCUGCUCUGCUAUUCCUCGGGCAUGGCCUUCAUCCUGACGGUCCCCAUCUGGUUCUGGAGCGAGGGCACCGGGAUCAUCGGCGAUGUCCUCCACGAUGGAGCAGUCGACCUGAACGAGAAAGCGGGAUCCUUUGACCACGGCCGCUUGACCAUUGAGUUUAUAUUCAACGGCACCUUCCAUUUCGGACAGAACAUUUUGGCCUUUGUCCUCUUGUCGCUGGUUUCGCCAGUAACAUACUCCGUUGCAAGUCUGAUCAAGCGUGUUUUUGUCAUUGUCAUCGCAAUCAUCUGGUUCCGGAACCAGACGACACCUCUCCAGGGGGUUGGCAUCUUGCUGACCUUUGUUGGCCUUUACCUCUACGACCGAACUCACGACCGGGACAAAGCGGAUCGCAAGGCCAAGAUGAUGGAGAUCAAGGAAGAGCCUCUCCUGCCCCUGAACACCAAGGAAGCGUUCAGCGCGAGCCAGAAUGCGCCGGUCUUUGAGAGCCCCAUGGUCUCGGCCGGCCCGUUCCAAUCCUUCAGCAACGGACCCUCGCCUCGGAGGAGCGAAGAUUCAAAAAAGUCGGAUGGUCCUAGCAACGGCCGAGCUCGCGGCGCGAGUAACGCCGCCUGGCUUGCACCGGGCACAAAGCAGGAAGACACCUGGCGGUUUGGAGAUCGGUAA